AUGAGCGCCGUGGGGGCCGGCAUGCUGACGAGCGUCCUCCCGACGGCGAUGGUCUGGCCGUGGCUGGUGGACAGCUGCGCGAUCGCCUCCGCAGCGGGCGUGAGGGCCGUGGUCCCGGAGAGCGUGGUCUACGCCCCGAGCUCGGGGGCCGUGGUCCGAUUGCUGAUGGCUGGGCAACAGGGUGCCGUCGCCGUGGAGGUGGGCGUCGACAGGGGGAAGACCUCUGAGCACCUGCUCACCAGGAGCUUCCUCGGCUGCGCCUGGUCGGCGUGGACCCUUACCUGGGCGUCUACAGCGGUGUGCUCAGCUCCCAGCGGCUGA